AUGCGGAGCCACCUCUACUCUACCUUUGUAGAUCUGGCGAAAGCUGUCGACCCGGUGAGUCGUGAUGGACUGUGGAAAAUCCUGCAGAAAUCCGGCCCUCCCGAUCGAUUCACUCAGAGGGUGCGUCAGCUCCACGAUGGCACGACGGUGCGCGUCACGGACAAUGGAGCUAUCUCAGAGGCUUUCACAGUGACCAACGGAGUGAAGCAGGGCUCGCAUCCCCGCAUGUAUUCAUGUUUGCGAAGUAUGUCAAUAUGUGUAGGCUAAGGAUGCAUGUGUGGACAGGUGGAACGAUACGUUACGAUGGGGCGUUGGCUGCGGUGUUCUACAGCAGACUUUCGUCGAAUAGUCACACACUAGGUCUGAAUGUCCUGAGCCAGUAUGGGCAGGUGUGUGACAAGUGCAUGUCGGAACUCCCGACAUUGACUCGCCGGUCUCAUUGAGCCGGUUUCUCGAGUGACCGAUAAGGUCAAUGUAUGACGUGGACGUGUGGUCAUAAUUGUAAUAAGUUGGGAUUGAGCCCGCAUUGCUGAUAGAAGGGGCGAUGGCAGCGGUGGCUGACAGGGCUGCUGGAGUGUACUAAAUAGUAGUGGGAUGGCGGUUGUGGAGUUUUCUGAGACGAGGGGUGGGUUUCGGGUGUUGACACUGCAGUGGGUCCGGAGAUGUUCAGGAGGGCCAAUCCGUGCCCGAAAUAUUCAUUGUUUGCCUCAAUAUCAUUGCAAAGUUUGGGAGCUUGAGUCGUUAGCCCACGACACACGAGUCUUGCGAGCCGUUCGUUUAGCUUUUGCUGCAGCUCUCGGGCUAGCUCCAAAAAUGACUGCGCCAGCCUUCCCGGCUGUUUGCCAGAUCAGCGAAUCUUCAGCGAGGCCCUCCCAGGUCUCCGAGAUCAUUUGCAGGAUGUGCUUGUAGCAGCAAAUUUGUCCGUCUCAUUUGCAAGCACUCGUAUCGAUGUCAACUUGAAGUGGUCUCUCGGCAUCAUCGUCAUCCAUCCUCACUACGUGGCCGCUCCAUCUCAGUUGUAUCUGCCUUAGUAUAGCGUGGGCGGUCCUGUUUCUCUCAUGUAUUUCCGCGUCAGGGAUUCUGUCUUGCCAUCUACUUUCCAGUAUCGUGUGCAGGCAGGUGGAGUAGGAAUGGGUCAGUUUCCAUGCUUAACUUCCGUAUACUCUCCAAGUCUCCGAUCCACGCAGGACCGUUGUCAGGAUGACGCCUGGAUGCAUUCUCAAUUUCAUGUUCAAGUGAAGGCCGCAGAGGUUCAAAUUUGAGUUCAGCAGUCGACCGAGGACCUAACUGACAUUGGAAAUCUGACUUCCAAUUUGUUUAUCGAUUUUAUAGUUUCUUCAAUCUGUAGUUUUAGGUGGACGUAUUUUUUCCACAGGGGAGGCGUGUUUCAGUUAUGCUUAUCAUGGGCAUGUUGCACCCAUCAGUUAGUGCUGGUUAGUACAUCAUCGUCUUCACUGUGUUGGUGGACAGUCGAAGGUUGGCGCAGCUGGAGGAAACAAGGUUCAUGCUCCACAGUAUGUAUCUUUUCGUCGUGGUAUUGAGCGUAAAAUCAUCCCGUAGAGGAUAUCAUGAACGCCUACUUUGGGUAAUCGUCCUGACGCCUACGGGCGCUGGACAUUAAGCAACUGUCUGACAUUUCUGCAAGUGCUUCUGCUUCGCGAUCACUCCUCACAGCAGGCUUCCAUCAGCAUGGCGGAUAACGUGCGACUGUUGAGAAUGGGGACGAGUACAAAACCCUCUUUCACUCUUUUGGUCAUUGCAAAUACCAUGAAGACCUCCCCCCCCCAUUACCCUUGACGCCAGCCAUCAUUUCGAUGUAGAAUUGUGGUGCCGUCUGUGUAAACGCCUCUAUUGUUGGAAUUUUAGCAUAAUUCUCCCGAUUUCGUCGUGGUUUACUAUACCAAAGGACCUUGUUACAUCCAUGAAGGUUGCGUACAGUCUGGUCCUCAUUUUUUCAGCCUCUCAUACAGCUAGCGAGCUGCGACAGUAGCAUUGAUGGUUUCGUGAUUUCUUUGAAAUCCUCGUUAACUUCCAGAGACAAGUCUUUUCUCCAAGUGGCGGUCCCGGCGAUUGAGUAGGACAUUAACGAAAAUACUUCCUGCAAUAUUUAGAGUGGAAAUGUCUCUGUGGCUAUCCCAGAUUUUCUGGUUCUUUAGAGUUUGUGGAUGUGCACGAUGGUACCAGCCUUACAGUUUUGAGCGAUGUGUGCCAUUAGCCAUAUCUGCUGAAACAGCAAAACAAGCCUUUCCAUGAAGUAUGGUCCUAAUUACUUGUAAACUUCGGCCUGAAUUACGUCGGAAUACAAUGCCUCCCCACUGGAGAACCGUUGCGGUGCUCUUACUGCCUUUAGGAGGGAAGAAGAACAAAAGGAGGGGGUCUGUCGAUGGUGUCAUCGGUGAUUGUGGAUGGCCAAUUAAGGGCGCCUCUGAAGCGCUCCGUCUAGCGCCCCAAAAUCUGUGAGUUUCCUGUUAGGAGUGUUGUUCCAUCAGAAUUGAACAACUACGUAUCCCCAUUGAUGUGGGGACCAUAGAUAAUCUUCCUGGACACGAAGAAUUCCUUCAUUUCAUUGCAUUCUAAUUACCACGGCAUUUUUUGACCUUGCGAGUCACUCAGGCCCGUUGCGUCUUCCUUAGUCGCUGCAGUACCAGACUGGACUGAGGAAGAAAGCCCAUUUGUUCACCUCAACUCUGUGCUAGACUUAGGUCGUAUUCAGCCUUCUCUUCUGGGCUAGCAAAUUGGAGAUUUCAUUUUCGCCUUCGUCGGGCGAGUUCCGAUGCUGACGUCUUGCGUAAACAAGGAUGUCCAGAGCAGUUUGGUGAAAGAUUUUCCACAGUUUUCUCCAUUGCGCCUUUACAGUGCGUUAGUUUCGGUUGCUUGCAUGUUUUAGGCGGAUAAUCAGACGAGUACAAAACUCUGAAGGGCAGUCGAUCAUAUCUAAUAGUAUAGCACCCAACUUACUUGCUGCAUGUAUAGUUUGUUGUCACCUGCGGGGUCAUAGUUGCAACAUCAUCUUGGAGAUGACAAGACGGUGGUCUGUCCAUCAGUCGGAGGCACACAUCGCCCCUGUCACUAGUACAUCAAGCCCUUCAACAAAAAUGUUAUCUAGUCCGAUAUUUGUCGCAAAGGGCUAGAAAAAUCUGUUCGACAGAUAACGUUGACGGGUAACUUCGAAGAAUGCAGGACCUGCUUCGCGAGAACGGGUAUCCUGACCAAUUUAUUGUAAGGGAUCUUGCCGAACAACCGGCAAAACUCAUCAUACUGACGCGGAAAAGGAAAGUCUGUUUCUCAAAGUCCCCUUUCAAGGGGACGCAGAGAGUGAACCCCUUAGAAGGCACCUUGACCAGUCCGUUUCACGGAACUUCCCAGCAGCAAGGGUUCAAGUAUUUUUUCAACCAGCCCCGUCCUACGCGGGAAAGGUAAGGAUAGGCUACCUACUCAGACCGCCUCCAUGUGCAUUUACUCCUUUACUUGUUCCUGUGGAGCAGGCUAUAUUGGUCGUACGAGUCGACACCUAUCCACAAGAAUACGAGAACACCUGCCGGCAUGGUUGAGGGAAGGUGAACUUAAGAGCAUGCGCGACAGUUCGACCGUCGUUGCCAACGUCCACCGUGUGAUCCACAGCAAGGCAGAGCAGGGGCUGUGACUUGCGCGUGAAUUAGUUUAUAGUGAUAAUAGACUUUCGCAGUAUCUACAGCACUUCCUCCUCCUCUCCCACCGAGGGCCGGUGUCAAGACAGAGUCAAGAAGGCCGGAGGCGGGGGAGGGGGUAGGUGGGUGGCACGGUCGAGCCCGCACUUUGACGCACCACUCCACACCUCCUGGUCCGCACAACAAAAGACCAGGUUUUUAACCCAACAGGGGGAGACUGUGCUCCCAGUGUGCGUGACGCAUGCCGACAACCGGGUCUGCCACCGCACCCGAAAUGUUGACAUUUGUUACGGUGCGCAAAUCCGAUAACGCCUACUAGAAUCAGAUAUGGCCCCAGUGGUAGUCCAGCGUAUCUACCACGUGGCCCGUUUGGGGGGGGCACUAACGGCAUUCACAGCUCCAUCCUCGUACACAUGGCUGAUUCUGGGCAUCGUGUGGAUCCCAACGAAGCCUUCCAUGGGAUUUACAAGGUUUCACCUAACUAACGUAAGCGACGGGGUCAGCGCCUCUUAGCAACAGCAGAAGCGACUGCCAUCAGGCUACAGAGGCCGGUCCUGUGCGCGCAGAAGAACCUCUCCCACGCUCCGCGUCUGCCGUGGGCAAGGAUCGAUUAACUGUAUGCUUGUCUCCGCACCCCCCUCUCCUCUUCUCCCCCUUGUGACACGGCUCUAUCGAACCCUCACUGCCACUUACUGCCUCCUCUCCCCUCCCUUCCCCCCUCUAUUCACAUACCCCGUUUGUAUGAAAAGACGAAGCUUAAUCGAUUGCUCUUACUGCUCACGCGUUUCAGUUUGUACUUCGUUUCCGUAUAAAUGUAUAGGCCCGAUGGGAAUUUAUCUAAAACGCCCGUAUGCUCGCCAAGUGCUCUUCUAAAAAUUUUGACGCUGAAUGGGGCUGCUUAGCCACGCAAGGCGGCCGCCGUAUUCCACAAUGCGUUGCAACUUUUGUUUGAUUAAAAAACGACCUAAUUAACUUGGGCGACAUACAGGGUCGCUGUCACUCACUCUAGAAAACUUUUGUAUUUUCGGGAGAAGGAAACGAUGGAACAGAGGGCAGAACUACCGGAGGUGUGGAUACGCACACAACGGAUAUCCUACUUUGGUACUGCUUUCCGGUGAAGGCGAUUAUCGGGUGCGGCCGCUGAGCAGAGAAAUAAAGGUCUGUGCAGAGUCAUCACUAUAUGAAUUGACAAGAUCUCGUGGCCUUUACUAUAAAUCUUGCGGCUAGCUCCUAAACUUCCGUAGAUUUACGGGCUAAGCCGAAGGUCAUAUACGACUUACAUAAACAGUUGCAAAGUCAGUUGGCAAACAGGUCUUCACUAACUCGUCAUUAGGCCAAUACAUUUACAUGGAUAAUGGUCUUUUUAAUUGUCCACAGGAUAUAAAUGUGUCUCAGAAGGCAGGGUUAAUCAGACUCCAUGUUCAUACGCCGCCCGCGUGACGGAUUUGGUGUUUUGAGGACGAUAGAGUUGGGGUGGGAGGGGGCAGGAGGGAGGGGUUCGGGUUCGAAUGUAAACGCUGUAAGUACGUGCGAGUGCUCUCAGGGCGUCGGAACGGCAUGCGAUUACAGCCUGAAGUCGGCCAGGGCAAACAGGCUGCUUGUGUCAACGUCUCCUGAAAACAGAGUGCUGGGUUCGCUGGUCGAAUGGCCGUGCUUAGGCUGUGGCUAACACCCGUUUGCGCAGGCCUGUAGAGUAGUGUGCCAGUGCACGGUAGAUAACUUUAAAGGCUUCUUUAGCGUCGGCUUGGUGGUUCGUAUCGAAUUGAACUUGAAAUCGACUGAUUUUCACCUCAACCUAGCCAGGCAGGCAUGUGUUCGCGUUUCCUCUUUUCCAGACGCCUCGUUGUACGGCCAGUAUAUCCCGCUCUACAGGAGCAGGUGAAUGAAUAAAUACACAUGGAUGUUGCCUGUAACGGCAGUCGGUCUUUGCCCCAACCGUUGUAGGGGGAGUUUGCGAAUACGCGCAAAUUUGCCGCGGGGAAGGCACUCGUGAGAGCUGUCAUAAGACGUCGUCUCACGAAUUUGCUUGUCGCGUCUCCUGGAAAUGGCAGUCUUAAAAAUAAGUCUUCCUUCUCUGCAGUUGGAAUGGCAAGCUUUCUUAGCGCGCUCCUCAAUAUUCCGGGGAUGAAUCUCUCUGGAUAGCCGUUUUCGCGGAGCGUGUUUUGCAGCUCCUGGAGUUCGCCUCAACAGUUUCAGGAGAGCAGAUGGCCUGCACUCUAGCCGCCAGUGCCUUGACUAAACUUCGUUUUAGAUUUAGGGGAACAAAACUGUGAAAAUUAAUGUACUGUCCCGUCCAGGUUUUUUUCUGAAUAUCUUGCGUUGGAUAAACCCAUCCUCUUGUCUGUGUAGGACAUCGAUGAACGCGAUUUCACUAUUCACCUCAUUCUCUGCGGCAAACUUCAGGGAGGGGUGCGCCCUGUUAAACUCCUGAACUAGGCCGUUGAUGUCGGUGGUAUGACUUGUUAGGCAAAAGAUAUCGUCCAUAUAUCAACGGUAGAAGUCAAAGUCAUUAAUGGCAUCUUUGAGAAUCGUUUGCUCGACCUUGUCCACGAAGACAUUUGCGAGAAACGGUCAAAGCGGCGAACCAAUUGCCACACUGUCUAUUUGCCUGUAUGGCGGCCGUUGCAGAGGAACUGGACAUUCUGUGUGCAUCGCAUAAGUAGGUCUUUUAGGGUCUCCACUGUCAUGCCUAUCGGGUAGUUUGUUUCCCUGAUGAAGUGGUCCAGGAAGUCUAUUGUCUCCACUACGGGUACGUUGGUGAACUGUGAUGAUACAUCUAACGAGCGCAUCGUCCGUCCGCCAAGGUUAAUGUUCUUGAUAGCCUCGACAAACUCAAAGGCGUCUUCCAAACAUCGUGGAUACAAACUACUUUGAUAUAGUUUUAACUUUUCCACCAGCCAUUUUGCUAUGGCGUGAUAGGGUGAAUUUCUCAUAUCCAAGAUUGGACGUAGUGGUAGCCCGUGUUUGUGGAUUUUGGGAAGACCGUGCAUUCUGGAUAUCGUCGUACGCACAGGUUUUAGUCCUUCAACCUCCUUUUCAGACAGAAGCCCUUCUUUGUGGAGAUCUUUGAGCACUUUCGUCAACUGACUCCCGAUGGUCUCGGUCCGAUCUCGGUCUUUCUCGGGUUUGGAGAACUUUGUAACUUCCGAUAAGACUUCUUCUAAUCUUUCCACGUAAUCCAUCUUAUCCAUGACAACUAAUUCUGAACCCUUGUCCGGUCUGGAUUGUACUUAUUCAGGGAAACUACUCAUUGCGGCCAGCAGCAAAUAUAACCAAGAGUUUGGUGUUGACGGUAAUUAUUGGUUUCUGGUUUAAAUACGUUUGACGUUAUCUGUUGACUCGAAAUAUUGCUCAUUGGAACUGGGCUCCCUCAAAGCACCCAUCAGUUUUAAGCCCAUAAGGUGAGAGCGAUAGAUAUGCUCAAGCUCCGUUUGACGUUUGCUAAUGAUUGGCUUUAUGAAUCAACACGAGCAGACGCUCCCUUAUGGAUUUGCUUUUAUUCUCGACUGGCUCCUCUUUUCAGCCUGGGUUUCAGUAACACUGACAAAUUUGAUUGGAGUGUACAUUCUGUAAAGGAUUUAUUAGCGCUCAGCUUCAGGACAGGAUGCGAUAGGGAGUACGAGAUACAAAUAUCAUUCAGAGAGCAUUUGCUCUUUCUUCAAGACAUCUUGAGGUUCCAACGAAAACUUCCACGCUAGUUAUUUAGUGCAAAACUCAUUUCACAACUAACUUUUGCACUUCCUUGUCUGAGACACGUAAAAAAACUUUAAACCAUUCAAGCACAAAGGUGGUAAAAUUAUUUUCCGGUCGAGACUAGGCUGCCUGUUACUGCGCUGACAGGGUUUUUUGUUGUCCGCGGAAACCAUAAAAUCUUACCAAUAGUUUUCUUCUUCGUAUGUAUACGCUGCACCUUCUCGCAACGAACGCAGGAAAUUUAUCUGCUCUGCAAGUAUCGAUGUCCACUUCUGCACUGAAAUCCAGCGACAUUAUUUUACAGCUUCAUAUUUUCCCCAGAUUGUGAAAAUCGCCUUGAAUAACUUCUACUUUCCUCAACAAGAGUGAUCGCGCGACUACUUAUUUGGGCCUUCUUUAUGUUUAGUCUGUUAGACUAUAUUAUACAGAACUGUGAAAUUGAACACUAUCUUGAAAAAGUCAUAAGUCAUUUCAAUUCACCUCGUAAUCCAAAAAACCGGCAACUCACCCAAUAAUUUGCUGACUUGAUGCAUUCCUGGUAGUGUGUUCCCUCUGACCCUAAAUCAUGCAGCCCAAAAACUCUCAGACUCCCAGAAAGAUUGAUUUUGUUUAAGCUCGUUUUAAAAGCCACCACCUAUAUCAGACGGCUUCUGUCAAACUUAAAGAGCAACAGUGAAUAUUGUACGAUCACCUUGUAUAAAAGGUCGACAUUCCGGUUGUCUCCUAUUUCCACGGAUGGGUAGUUUCUUUUAAUCCAAUCAUAUCUUGGGGGAAAAAAGUUGAUAUUUUUGCUGAAUUAUUCUUUAAGAUAAAUUUACUUCAGUCUUGGGUAAGUAGGCAAAGUGUACUUUAGUGUACUUGGCUUUAUAUCUUCUUACUUCUGUAAAUAAAGCUAAUAAUUAUAAGCCCCGUCUUCAUUGGCAGCUAACCAUUGAAACUAGGAAAAAUAAAAUAGGAGACAUAUGUUUAUUCUUAACUGGAAAAUUUCCACCAAUCCAGUCUUUCUCUGACUCUUGUUUCCAUUUAAAGGUCUUAGGGCUUGGCAACCUGUCGACAAACCAGCCCUCAAAAUCAACAUUAAUUUUGAGUUGAAUUAGAUGUCUGAACUACUAUUAAGGGAUCUGACCAACAAUUUAAAUCAAGACCCAUUGUUCUUGUUUAUUCUGGGCUAUGAAUGUAAAAUUAGAAUGUGCCUUGUUGUGGAUAUAAACUUCAGUGGUGAGAUAGUUUUUUCGAUAAACCACUGUAAUCGCAAAUAGCUAAACAUGAGUUGGUUUGCGAUCUAAACUGUCCUAGAGUAAGGCAGUAUCUUCCCUUAUCAGAUGAUUUUGUAAAUCAGACACGUCCAUCAAUCGAGCUCGCAUUGGGGAUGGAAACAGUUGGCUCGCUCCCUUUCUUAGAUGUCCUUUUAAACAGAAGACCUGACGGUAACGUCCGAAGCAGCAUCUAUCGGAAGAAAACGUGGUCUGAAUAAUAUACGAACUUCGACAGUUUCGUGCCCAUACAACAAAAACGAAAUCUAGUCCAGUGUUUGGUGCAAUGGACCAGAAACAUUCAUUCAGUAGACUGCAUCGGGGAGGAGAUUGGAAAUAUCCAGCACUUACUUCGCCGUAACGGGUAUCCUGGCAGGUUUAUUGCAAAGAACAAGGUCGAGCGACUGGACAAACCCACCACAGUUACUGCCGAAAAACUCUGUCCCUCGAUGUCCCUUUUCAAGGGGACGCAUCUAAAGGACUCCUAAGAAGAUGCCCUGAUCAAGUUGUCUCACGAGCCUUCCAAUCAGAAAGGCCCUAAAUAUUAUUCUCUACUAACCCUAUCUUACGGUGAGAAAGUAAAGUGAAGUUACCAUCUCAGAUCGUCCAAAUGCGCAUUUGCUCCUGCAUUUACCCCUAUGGAGUAGGUGAUAUUGGAUGCACGAGUCGACGUCUAUCCAAAAGAAUACAAGAACACCUUCCGGCAUGGUUGAGCAAAAGUGAAAUUAGAAGCACAAGCAGCACCAUUCUCGCACAUGUUGUUGAUCCCGGAUAUCAUAUGGGACCCGACAAAGUUUUUCGUGUGAUUUAUGAGGUCCCAUCGAGCUACCCUCAGCUGAUAGGCCAGCAUAUGUUGCCAACAGUAGAAACGACCGCUACCAGGUUACGAAAAGUUAUUUUGUGUGCACAAAAGAACAUCGUCCAGGCCACACCCCACAAUCUUACGCUCCCAACGCCAGCCGCCCAUAUUUCCACCACCCGCCUGUGUUUUAUGAGGGGCUUUUAUCGAUUUCUCUCAUUACUGAUAUGUUCUACUCGACCCCAUUCCCAUAUAAAUGCGCUGGCCUGAGGAGAACUAAUCGAAAAUACGCACAUGCCCGCCAGAUAGUCUUCUGUACACUGUCACGUGAAUUUUCGCACGUCCAUCAGAUAAUCCUUUGUACUUAUAAGUAAUCAGUAAAACGUUUAUCCGUUAAAAUAAGGCAGCAUGCAUUCUGGUCUCAUGACUCGGUAUGAUAAUUGUGCCUAGUCUCUGGUCAUGCAAGCCGUUGUAAUUGGCUUAUUCCAACAUAUGCUGAGAGUAAUUAGAAGGAACCAAAAGCCAAUUGGCUACCCCUCGUGGUCCGCGUCCAGACUCACUUUGUACGCUACGUCCCAUCGCCUCGGGAACUAUAACUUGGAAACACGAAUAAGAAGCUCAUCCACAGAAAAAGGUAAAGCUGCUAUUUUUUCGCACAUGAAGAUACACUUCCACCAUAACCACCAUUUUCCUUGUCACCAUGUUUACCAUAAUCAUUAUUUAAAGCAGAGUGAACGUUUGAAUUUUUUAUCGCCUUGGUAGGUCCCGCUGCUUGUGAAUUAGUACGGAUUAUGGAUUUUAUAUGCUUUUCGAAAUGCUUGAGGAAAUAAUUCGCGUAUCUGUCCUGGGUCGUCCCUAGUAUAGUAAUUAAGCGAUGGAGUUGCAACCGAUCAUUUUGCCUAUCAUUGGUUUAACAGUCAACUACGACUUCGCAAUUCUUACCCUUGCUAUAUAUACCCGCUAAUCUACGUACCGGGGUUUUACUAUAACCAGAUUUUCAAAACUGCAUGUUUCCAUUUAUUACAAGACACACAGAAAGUUAUUGGAUGGUUCACGAAAAGUCACCAACAGCUACUCUUUUUUUAAUGCCGACUUUGAUAAAAUGCUAAACAUUUUGAAUAACAUAUCCUGAUAAUCCCAACCGCGUAAUCGUUUCGUUAUGAUGUUUUAGACUGUAAUUUUGGUGUUUACCUUCCUCCCUGAACCCGAGAUAUUGCAUAAUUAUCUGAUUCCUCUAUCUUUUGACUCAUUAUUUCACUAGACACAUAAAUGUACAGGUCUAAAGAGGAUUUAUCGAAGCAGGCGUAUGCUCGCCAAAUUGUUUUUUGAGUUUCUAGAAAAAUUUCAAAAUAAAAAAUAUACCAGCAAGUUUACGGGAAGUUGGAAAGACCUAGUGGCCGUGUGCUAUAAGACUAAACACACCGACUGACCUUCUCACUGACCGCUCUUUGAAUUCCCCUUCCUUCUAUUUUAUAGUAAAUAUCUGAACUCAGAAAAUUCGUUAUUUAUUACCCAGUGGAAAGUGGUCGUUUCUUCUGACUGAUAUUUUGACAUGCUUGUCAUGAAUGCAUUUUUCAUGUUUAAGAGUCCGUUUUGGCGGUCCGUUCAAAAGACUGGGACUGUAAAAUGCUCGUUCUACAUGAACUCUCACCGUAAGUGAAGCCAAAUUAAUGAUGCAGGUUCCAUUGGAAGUCCGAACUGCAUACAAAUCGAGGUUAGCGCACUUAACUUAAAGCUCAUCCCGAAGGAAGUAUGGAUUGGUAGCAAUAUAUUCCAAACAUCUUUAUAAAAUAACAAAUUGCAUCAUAAAUUUGUUAAUAAAGCCCAAAUUUUACAGUUUUUAAGCCGACGGUUAUAUGCUUGCUUGUGGUACAACCGGGUUUUUGUAUAAAAGAAAAACAACUUUUGGGUCGCAUUAUCUUGUUUCAUGAUUUAUUCCAGCUAGCUCAAAAUGCCAUAUACGAUAUUACGGUGUGAAGGGACUGGGGAUUUUGUCCCACUUGACAGUUCAAUCGCUUCAAACCUUUUCUGUUAGGUUUCUUUACCGAACUUAUCUUGCUUUAUGAAUGCAGGCUUGACUGCAGCUCACAUUUCACGUACUUUUUCAGUGUUGCUCAGAAUGUCUCUCUUUGCAAUUUUUUAAAGUUUCGAGUGCACUCGCUCAAUUAGUCGUGAUGUGAAUCGAAGUCAAAUUUUAUGCCGUUUACGUAAAAUAUACUGCUUACCGCCAUGACAUGGAUGUAGUCUGCGAAGCACUUGCUUUUUUGCUUAAUAAAUCUUUUACUGCCUUCUAAACGUCCCAGUGUCAGAGGAACCACCUUUCCUGUCUUCAUUUAGUGAAAAUAUAGUCGACGUAGUGCGUGAAAGUAGGCCUGUAACCGCUGAUAUAACCUAAAGGCGGUUGAGUCUACUGUUAAAGGUAUUAUUUUUAGGUAACGUAUUUUUUGGGUGCCAUCUCCCGAUUGUUACCAAAAUAUAUUAGCUGGGUGUUUUAGCUGAUUUGAAUGAUUCAUGUGACCCAUUUGUGAAAAACUCGGCGGCUAUGGUGGUAUUCAACCCCACGACAACAAGUGCAGAGACGCAGAAUGUAAACAAACUCAUGGCUCGAUGGGGAUUUCAUAGUUCGCGUGGUUAUUUCUGGCUGUACUCAAGCCUUCCCCUUGUUGUCGGUGGUUGAAAUCCCACCAAGGUCGCCGAGUUUUUCCCGGUCAGGUCAAAAUACAUUAUUUAAAGUCUGUAAGAGCACCCAUUAAAUACUACUUUGUCAACACGGUCAAGCUGAUUUAUUACUUGAAAACUUUUGAAUUAAUACCAGCUUAUCGAUAAUCACUCUAAUUGAUGGAUUUGUCAAGAUGGAUGUCACAGAUAUUAGUGGAUGUUGUUGUGAACUGCUUAACUCAUAUUGACCCAACAGUGAAAAUCUCGGCGCCUCGGUGGGAUUCGAACCCACGCAGUAAGGGGCAGGACUUAGUACAGCCAACGCUCUAACCGCUUGAUCUACGAGGCCCCGCCGGACAGUUGGUUCAAUAUGAAUUAUUCAAAAUCUGCCAAAAAAUCUAUGAAUUACGUAAGCCUGGUAGUCAUCUGGCGGAUAUUAGGUGAAUUACUUAGGAAAUUCUGCCUGUACAGUCAACGUACUGCAUCAGAUUUGGUGGAUUCCAGACGUUGCAGUAGGUUGGGAGGGUAACUUGACCCAAAUGUGAUUAAACUCGCGUCGUCCGGCGAGGCUUCGUAGCUCAAGUGGUUAGGGCGUUGACUGUACUAGAGCCUUCCCCUUUCUGCGUGGGUUCGAAUCCCCCCGAGGCGCCGAGUUUUUCACAGUUGGGUCAAUAUGAAUUAUUCAAAAUCUGCCAAAAAAAUCUAUGAACAAGUUAAUUCUAUUUUUCCUCCUUUAGCGCUAUAGCGGACAUAAUUAACUGAUUAAGCUAAUCUGCGCGCGUCUGACAGACAUGACUUGGGGAAUAACUUAACACCCACAGACUCUUGUGGUUAGUAGGGCACGGAAUAGGAAUCCCCCGUAAUACAGAUGGUUCUGUCCUAGUUCCCUGGAAAAUUAGGGUUGGGGUUAGAGGUAAGGUAGGAUUAUGGCCUAAUUCAUGGUUGAAUUUAGGGUUAGGAUUACGUUCACGGUUAGGAUGAAGAUUUGGGUUACGGCUACGGUAAGGAUACGGGAAUAGGUACCCUUUCUAGGUGUAAGCGCAAGGGGGGUUCCUAUUCCCCUGUCUUGCCCAAUAGAUUUACAGGCACGUAAUUUACUGCUUUCAGUGGACUAAGCUGGUUGGGUCAAACAUAUCGGCCUGACCGAAAAUACUCUGCCCUCUUAUUUGGCAGAACAAGUUUUAAUAAAUGCACCCCAAUCAUUUGCAUCCUUCCAAACUACACAGACACACAGCCGCAGUUUUCUAAUUUUUUGUCUCUUUUAAGGAUUAUCUUUGUCAUCAUGCUUCACCUGGACUUUCGAGACACCCAUGGUACCAACAGCUGGCCUCAAACAGGUUUGGAGAGCAGGACUAGUAAAAACGACGAACGGUCACAGAUAUGUGGCCUUGAAGAUGUCACUCAACAGCCACCAGUGUGGGCCACCUACGCAUGGAAGGAGCCAACGCUAAGUAGCCACUGGAAUGAAACCGCUUCGUACCGGGUGUCUACUAACUCCCAGUCUACAGAGCGUUUGGAGGACAUCUGCAGCGGCUAUGCAGGCACCUUUGAGUCGGCUGGCCAGCUGACUACGGCAUCCAUGCAGCAAAAGGGUUGCCUUCAACUAUGGCGCUUUUUAAUUGCAAUGCUGGAUGACCCAAACAGUCAGCACCUCAUCUGUUGGACGGGUAGGAAGUUGGAAUUCAAGUUGAAUGAGCCGGAAGAGGUAUUACCUUUGUCUUUACAUCCUAUCUCAGUCUUCUUUCCACUACCGUUUUAAUUUGUCAGACAUUGCCUUCUUUCUUCCCCAUGUCGAAAGCACCCAACAAGAGUCGGUUUCUGCAGAAUAGAAAGCACAGAGGAUACAGGUAGGGCUGGCUGGAAAACUAGAUAAAAUCAAUUAAGUCACGUCACCCUACCUUAAUGCGCUAAAAGUUUAUAUCACGCAGUUCGCAUGCCUGGUUUAUUCAUUUAAUUUUGUAAUUUUAUCUGUACGUUAUACUCUAGACUAAGCAUAAAGUGUUGGAGUGAACAUGCUGAGUGUAGUUGGCAAUAAGUAUUUUUGGCAGAUUUACAUAAUUCCUCGGACUCAUUUGCAAAAACCUUGAUGCGAUGGAACGCCCAGCAGCAAGUACUAGACUUGUGUAUACCCAGCACUCUAAUUACGUAGGCUAAGAGGCCUCACCGGGAGCCGUGUGCUUAACCACAUACAUUCACCAGUUUUGAUACGGUAAUUUUACAGCCCAAACAGGACUUCCUAGGUAACCAAUCUUAUAAUCCCUCAGACGACUACUAGACUCGCUUGAUAAACAGGUAUUUUGCAGAUUUUGAAUAGUUUUUUUUGACCCGAUUGCAAAACCUCGGCGGCCUCGGUGUGAUUCGAGCCCACGACAGCGAGUGCGGGAUUUUUGUACGUCCGAUGCUUUACCCAACUGAGCUACGACAGUACGAACGAAAGCCGUGAGUUUAGUCAAGUAUGGGUCAUAACAUACCCAACUUACUGCAACCUACGGGGACCGCCAGGUCCGUUGGGGCUCCAUAGUUCAGAUAGUUCAUUUUUGGCCGAAAACAAGUCUUUUACUUGCUGUCGUUGGUUAAAAUCCGACCGCGGUUUCGGACAUUGAGUCAGAUGAAUGCAGUUGUCCUAAAUGCAAAACUAGUAUUUACCAGUUGACCCGUAGUACUAACCCACACAGUACACCCAUCUUAUCAUCUCAGUUGGGAGCUGCAAAACCGGAAUAUCUAGGGUUAGCCAUCUUACAUUUGUACUACUUACUACUUCGACCUUAAGUCACUACUUAUGUUUGUAAGAGGCCAGCAAAAUAUUCUGUCAGCUAGACAUUGCCACACAUGGCGACCGUACAAAGAUAAAAUUACGUCACUGGCUGGUGAUACUGAAUGAAAAGAUGUCCAUUUGGGCAAAUGGCCAUAUUAAUGUGAAUGUGGAAUCCACUCUCAACUCGGACGGAGGUAGGCGUUUGAUCGAUUGACAGCCUUCAUCCGGUUCCUUUUUAAAGUUCUCAUUCCUUCACAAGCUGUGGCUAUUUCAAAAGCAGCAGAUGCCGCAAGCUUUAGAAGAAACGCAGACUUCGUUUUCCACGGGGAACAAAGAACGCGAAUUUUUCCUCUCGCAGUAUAUCGAUGACACUUAAUGCGUGUGGCACUUUAAAGGUUAAAAUUCCCAGAACGCGCGCGUACUUCAGUUGUAAAAAAACCUGACGACUGUCAUCCUCGGGGUGUUAAACGCGCCGUAGUCGAUUUCACCUCUUUAAGAACUCCUGUGACAAUUUGCUCUUUCUUGAUGUCCUUAUAAUGUGGAGGUUUAUAGGUUGCAGUCCUUCAAGAAAGCCUGUUUGUGAACUACAAGUGAAGUCAUAUUUCCACACUCGUAAAAAGUUUGAACAAAUAAGGCAAUAGAACAUUUUUCAAAAUAUAUUAGUAAACUGCCUAUAUCGAGAACACAUUGUUAAAUAGUUUCGUAGGUCUGGAAUAUUAUGAAGAAUCCGAUAACACUCUAAAACCCAACAGCAGCAGGAACAAUAAGGACUUCGCAUAUUCUGUCACAAAAGGCAAAUCAAAUGCGCCGAAAUUCCUUCCUCAAUAUUAACACUUUUUUUCGAAUUUAUAUUCACCGGGAUAUUUAAAUUGAACACCGUUGCCCUCAUGUCUGCCCUUCUGUGACGGAGUCCCCUCUGUUGGAUGUCAUUAUAAGGGAUAUUCUUUCUACUGCUUGCUUACUUUUUGAAAUUAUACGGUACUAGGCUGUUAGUUUUGACGCUUAAGAACAUUUUCAAGUACGAAAGUCUACUUGGGUGGAGAUUAAUUAGUAAUUUUCGUGUAACACACUGUCUACAAUCUUAAGGACCACUUGGGUAAAUUACGGUAGCUAGAAAUUUAUAAUUUACGUGGCGGGAAAUUUUUCCGCUGAUGUCUGUUGCCUCCAUGAAUUUAGUAUGUCUCCUAAAAUUAAUGCUAAUUUCGUAUGAAAUUACGCUUUCUGCAAAUUUCAUACUUGACUGAAGGUAUUCCCUUUAAGGAAAUGCAACAAUUUCUUUUCUUUUACUCGGGCAUUAGGUUUCAAAACUACAUGCUGUGAACGUUCAUUAAAGCAAGACUCUAUUCAUGUCACCGAGGAGACGCAUGCUGUAACUUCUAAAAUGUCGCAAAAGGUGUAGAUCCGAUUGUGGACCUCAAAAGCAGCAUCAAUAUGCACGCAAAUAAUCAGCAAUAUAAACCACGAUUUCAUCUGGGACAGUUUUAAAGACAAAAAUCAGAAGACAUUCUUUUUUAAAACACGAGAUUUUGAAAGAGCGCACUUUCAACAUCAUAGAUGUAAGAACUAAAUGCCUUAUGCAUUCUUUCCAGGAACUAAGGUUAAAUGUUAUGAGCAUCGAGAAACCGUGAAAAACAACCACGACAUUCAAAUAGGGAUUUUGUUGCGAGUUUGAUUUACAUAGUUGUUUGAAAUUAUUCCUUGAUGGAAAAGAUAAUACUGUAUUGCAUGUUACUUACUACUUUCUUCUUAAUUAAAUACUACUCUGUCUGAAAACAUACGUUAAACUUUCGUCUAAUCCCUUAUGUGUUUCUAAGCAUAUGACAUCUUCUUGUCGUUCAUUUGUUGCGGGCACAACCUUAUCGUUAAUUGUGAAAGUCCUCAGCAUGUCAGAAGUAUCACGACCGGUUGGCUGUGAGUUUAAACAAGUCGUGACUAUAAUGGAUGUCUGGAUAUACAUGUUCGGAGCAUUGAAGACAGUCUUCCCUCAUGAAAUCAUUUGUUCCAGACUAGAGGAAGGGGUUUAUUGUAUUCUUAACUCCUUCCGUUUUGAAAAUAACCUCCAUUAACUAGCAGUUUAUUACAUAUUAUGCCGGCACAUAUUAACAGAUGUGUAGUCACUUCCGGACAACCGAUGUCUUGGAAAAGAGUGAUGCAGCAGCCGCGUUUUAAGUUGUUUUCCCUGACUUUUAAAUGCUUAACUAGUCUCAGUAAAGACCUCGACUGAAUCGCUUUAGCGAAACCACUUGUUUCACAGGUGGCAAAACUGUUGUUAUUAAAAAAAACUCCAUUUCUGCUUCAGGGGACCCCUUUUUUACGCCACGUACUCCAAGAAAUCGUGUAUCUCUUUGCAAAUUUACAGCACACAGGGCUCUGUAUCCACCGUAUUUGUUUUGCAAUAACUUUUAUAGUGGAUUAGUGCCAGUGUUUGGGAUAGGACUGAGUUAGAAUACGGAAAUAAAUACCGCCCUUGAAGUUACCUCAAUGACACGCGUAUCUAGCGGGGCGUUCCUAUUCCCGUGGCUUACCUAUGAAUUUAACGAUCACCUCAAAAUUCACCUCCGUCUGUACACAGCAACUCUGGGAAAACGGGGAAAAGCUACGUGCAAACAUGGCGCCCGCGCUGUGUUCCAAAAUACCAGAACGUCAGACGAUGGACUAUUUAAGACCUGCUGAAAUUCGACAGAGUAAUUAAUGAACCCGUACUAGGGUAGGCUGUCCCACUUUUGCUUCAGCACCGUGGUGAAUUUGCUGUUACUAUAAACCCCAGAGUGUUUUUACAGCUGAAGUAGGGCCUGGGGUGAGGAGCAGAUCCGAUACUAAAAUUCAGUUCAUUACACUGUUAGAGUUGAGUUCAUAAUGGACAAAAAGGUGAACUCGAAGAUCCCCGAUACUCCCAUUUCUACUAUGAACCAAAUGAAGUAUCCUUUUUACGGUAAUGGCUAUUUUAUGAGCACUUUAAAGCAUGUGGAUAUAAAGCAAAUAUGUCUUUUUGGCGUUUCGAAGGAUAAACCUACUCAACCCCCACGUUGCAAGUUCACAAAUCACCGUGGCUUGCAAAUAAGCCGACAUUAUUUACCGAAUAUGCAAUUGUAUUUUGCUGUAAUAGUGUUAUUCUUCUUAUACUAGUGCAAUUAUCGCAUUGCUACUUUAGGCCUGUUACUGCGUAAAUACCGGUCCGAAAAGCACAAAAGUUUGAUUAUGGUCAAUGGACCGCUCUACUUACAGAAAACAUUUGAUUUUCCGGAGUCUCCAUUCAUGUGAGAAUCUGCUUUGCCAUGAUCAACAAACCAUGGCCCUCGCAUCCUAAUGUGCGUCGGCAAUUCUCUGGCACCUGGUUCUCUGUCGGUGGGUGCGCUUGCGCUCCCGCUGAGUAUACUGGUCGUGAGCAUGGCUACCCGGUCAUUCCUGUCUUUCUGACCCGUUGUGGUGCUGUUGUUGUUGACCAAAACUCCGGUCAAGUGUUUGUUGUGGACCAGGGGAUGUGAUGGUACGCCUAGAUGCGGAUACGGCCGUGCCAGCUGCGCCCUCUCCCGCCUCCUGGCGGGGGCGAGGAGAGGGUGUGGUAGAUGCUUCGCAAGUCUGCUAUUAUUAUGAACUAAACCACGGGCAAGUCACUGUGCCUUCACCUUGCCGUGGGGCACAUGGUGGACAUCAUCAGGCACGACGGUCGAAUUGUCAUUAAUUUUUCGAAAUAAAAAUAUAUUUGAUAAACGCGGCCGACAAAGGUGUCUAGAAAUGCGGUCAUCUUGUCUAUUUAUAAACCGUCAUCUUCCGAUUAUUCUCCAUGGCAUGUCGAUUCGUAUUUGCUCCCUAUUGUGUAACCACCUGAGCUGGCCUAGACUUGAGCCCAAUGGCUAAACCGAGUCACUCGUAUUGCGUCCAGCGGUCAGGAUAGCCCGAUGAGAUUUAGACGUUUAAUUUUGGCUGGUAGUAGUAGUCCCUGUGUAUCCAUUCAAGUAAUCCCGAUGUCCAAGGUGUAAACGUAAAAACUUGCCAACUUAACACUUUUUUCGGUCUUAACGUAUUUUCAAAUAAAGUCAUUUCCUUCUCGAUUUCGGAAAAAUAGUUCCUGCUGCUAAAAUCACGGGAUUGAAGUGACUGUGCUCUCUGUGCUACCUACAUGCCCGGGCUUCAGAGCCCAUCUGCCUGAAAUGACCUUGAAACAAACUCAUGUUUUUUAGCGUUGUUGUGCAACAAAGGGCUUUAGAUAAACCCAAUUUCAUAAAUAUCAUUCCUUAGUCUAGCCUAUACUCAGCUCCUCUAAUGAGACAUCCCGCGACGAAAGUUGGGAAAUGAGAACGCUCAACCCAAAUUUAAAGCGUUGGAGGGUUGUCCUAACAAGCAACAACCGAUGUCCCAUCAGGACUCCUGCUUGUAUCCUACCCACUCGGUGUUUGAGAUUUGUUCGUUACUUUGCUGAAAAAAUACUUUGUACACUGUCUCUACAGUCAUUCACGGAAUACCGUAUCAUGUGAUCUUCCUCUGCAGCCACGAACGGCGAUCUUUGUUUUUUCAUUUAGUCCUAAUAUUAACGAACCUGCCCACUGAGUCGACUAUUUUUGAAAUGACACUUUCACCGAACGUACUGGUAAAGCUAGAAAAGAAUGUUUUGAUGCUGUCUGCGGUUUAACCGACUCACAUUUGAUGCUUUUGGAGCGGGCAACAACAGUUGUGUAGUCCAUACUGCCAACUUUAGACAGCAAAGGGUUUGCUUCGACUUGAUGUACUUCAGGUGUCCAUGGUAAAGAAAAUUGCUGGAGCCCAAUAUCAAACUCUUGUGUGUUAACUGAGUAUGGGACUUAUCCAUGUCCUAAGACGGAUUAUUUCGAGAAUUCAAAAUUGUUCCUUUUUUAUGUUUUAAGGUAGCACGUCUAUGGGGCAUCCAAAAGAACCGUCCAACUAUGAACUAUGACAAACUCAGCCGUUCGCUUCGAUACUACUAUGAAAAGGGCAUUAUUCAGAAGGUUUCAGGAGAACGAUAUGUUUAUCGUUUCGCCUACGAACCGGAAAUUCUUCCUCGGUUUUCUCUGGCUAUCGAGGAUAGUCAUUCUACGAGUAGCAGUCCCACCACUUGGGAAACCAGCGUCUUGGAUCCCGACGCCGCUGCCACGCAGCGAAUACCUCUACAUCGUUGUUGUGAUUCUGCACACUCCUCUGUUGUCCCUGAACCCCGUUGGCUGACUGGCCCCUAUUAUGUGCGCACCAACCCACCUGACGCCGCUAACCUACAAUCGCAGUACCGACCUCCGAACUGCCAAUACACCUACCAGCUUCCCCAACCAAGUGACGAACCGCUGAAACUUGACGUAACUCCAACCGACCAUACGUCGCCUGUUACAACGGCCGACUUUUUCGACAUAUCAGAGGUACCUACGUCCUCUAGCGUUACUUCCCUCCGUUCGGGGGUCACCAUAACUGACACUUCGUCCAGUACCUUCUGUUUUACUCCGAAGCAACAGCUCUACGAAAGCUAUGGAGCGGAUGAAGGGGAGGGAGAUGUCUCUCGGACACAGGUCUCCACUCUCUACCCACACAUACAUUCCCAGCAGCAAGAGACUUGUGGUGUUGUAAAGGACGACACCGGCGGCACCUCAGAGGUCUACCGCAUGGAGGAUGUUUUCGAUCCAGCCAACAGUGAUUCAGGUGCAUGUCGUACGCUCUACACACCUAUUUACAUAGCUCCAGAGGUACACAGCGCCUUCUCACCCGCGCUUACUUACGACUGUACCGAUUGCCAGCCCACUAAUACUACUCCCGCAGCUGACUAUCAUCUCUAG